AUGAGAAUCAAAGUAUUAUCAUCGGGUAGCAAACGUGAGAUCUGUACUGUUUCUACUGAAGCUGUCCAAACCGUCGGUCAAUUCAAAAAGGAAUUCUACAGACAAAAUCCAAAAUAUAGUGUUGAAAGACAAAGAUUCUCUAUUAUUGGUGCAGAUUCUAAACCAAUUAUUCUUGGAGAUGACAGUAAGACAUUGGCAUCGUACAACCUUAAAUUGGAUGAUACAUUAUACUUUAAGGAUUUAGGACCUCAAAUCUCAUGGACUGCUGUAUUCUUGGCUGAAUAUGCUGGUCCAUUACUCAUCUACCCAUUGUUCUACUACUUCUCAACUCAAAUCUAUGGAUAUCAAUUUGAAAAGAGUUAUGUUCAACAAUUCAGUCAUGGUACAAUGCCACUUUUCAAUUUGUUCAAAAACUGUACCUACUACUGGGGAUGCACAGUGAUGGUAUCGUACUUUGUCAACCAUUCGUUGUACACUGCACCGGCAGCCAUGAACGUCUACCUCGGAUUGGUCUUGUUUGCCAUUGGUGAGUCAAUGAAUUUGGUUUGUCACUUGCAACUCCGUAACCUUCGUCCAGCCGGUUCUACCGCACGUGCCAUUCCAAAGGGUGGACUCUUUGAGUUUGUCUCAUGUCCAAACUACACCAUGGAGAUUCUCUCAUGGAUCGGUUUCUCCAUCAUGACCCAAACCCUCACCGCCUACAUCUUUACCAUUCUCGGUGCCGUCCAGAUGUACGUCUGGGCCGUCGCCAAACACCGUAAAUACCGUAAGGACUUUGACGGUCAAAACGGUAGAUUACAAUAUCCAAGAUCAAGAAAGAUCAUCGUACCAUUCUUACUUUAA